AUGAAACCCUCAAAGGCAUCCCAGCGCUACAGAGGCAUCCGGAGAAACACUAGCCAGCACUGCUUCUAUCAGGACUCGCUGCUGCUCGGUAACUCGGAUGACAGCUUUAAUGAAACGGGGGAGAGCAGUGAUCCGGAACAAAUCUUCCAGAAUAUACAGUUCCAGAAAGAUCUCAUGGCAAAUAUUCGCUGUAGACCCUGGACCAUGAGACAGAAGCUGAGGGCACUGAGACGGGCAAAGGAGAUUGUGCUGAAGUUUGAAGGGAGGCUGACCAGGACUCGAGGCUACCAAGCAGCAGGGGCAGAGCUUUGGCGGAAAUUCGCCCGUCUGGCCUGUAACUUUAUGGUCAUCUUCAUCCCCUGGGAAAUGAGGAUAAAGAAAAUCGAGAGCCAUUUUGGAUCAGGUGUGGCCUCCUACUUCAUAUUCUUGAGAUGGUUGUUUGGGAUUAACAUUGUGCUCACGGCCAUGACAGGUGCUUUCAUUGUCAUCCCAGAGCUGAUUGCAGGCCAGCCCUUCGGAAGCACUGCCAGCAAGACCAUCCCCCAGGAGCAAGUCAUGUCUGCCCAAGAUCUGGACACGGUCUGGUCCCUUGGCGGCUACCUCCAGUACUCAGUCCUGUUCUAUGGCUACUACGGCAGAGAGAGGCGCAUCGGGAGAGCUGGCUACCGCCUGCCCUUGGCCUAUUUCCUGGUGGGGAUGGCAGUGUUCGCUUACAGUUUCAUCAUCCUCUUAAAAAAGAUGGCUAAGAACUCCCGCACCAGCCUUGCCAGCGCUUCCAAUGAAAACUACACCUUCUGCUGGCGGGUGUUUUGUGCCUGGGAUUACCUCAUUGGAAACUCAGAGGCUGCAGAGAGCAAAACCGCCGCCAUCGUGAACAGCAUCAGGGAAGCUAUACUGGAAGAGCAAGAAAAGAAGAAAAGCAAAAACAUGGCCGUGACCGUCUGUCUGAGGAUCAUUGCCAACAUCCUGGUGCUUCUCUCUCUGGCCGGGAGCAUCUACCUCAUCUACUUUGUGGUGGACCGGUCCCAGAAGCUGGAGCAGUCAAAGAAGGAGCUGACACUGUGGGAAAAGAAUGAGGUAAGCGUGGUGGUCUCCCUCGUGACAAUGUUAGCACCAUCUGCCUUUGACCUCAUCGCUGCCUUGGAGAUGUACCACCCCCGGACCACACUGCGCUUCCAGCUGGCAAGGGUCCUUGUGUUAUAUCUUGGAAAUCUCUACAGCCUGAUCAUUGCUCUCCUGGACAAAGUGAAUGGCAUGAACAUUGAGGAAGCUGCUGGCAAAAAUAUCACAAGUCAUUUGGUAGAUUCUACUACCUUCUUUGUCCCCAGCACAGCUCCUGAAGAAGGUCAAUGGUCCACACCUGGGUCUGGAGUAAGGCUCAACAGGAACAGCACAUGGGACUUGGAGGAGACAAGCUUUCUGAUUUCCACCAUGCCACCCACAAAGGCCAACAAGACUGCGCUCUAUACUCAGAGUCCCCAAGGCCAGUGUUGGGAGACAUAUGUCGGCCAGGAGAUGCUGAAGCUGUCCAUCAUUGACAUGCUCUUCACGGUGGCCAGCGUCCUGCUCAUGGACUUCUUCAGAGGACUUUUUGUUCGCUACCUAAGUGACUACUGGUGUUGGGACCUGGAAAGCAAGUUUCCUGAAUAUGGGGAGUUCAAAAUCGCUGAGAAUGUGCUGCACUUAGUCUACAAUCAGGGCAUGAUUUGGAUGGGGGCCUUCUUCUCCCCAUGUCUCCCAGCUUUCAAUGUCCUCAAGCUCAUUGGGCUGAUGUACCUGAGGAGCUGGGCAGUGCUGACCUGCAACGUGCCCCACCAGCAAGUGUUUCGAGCUUCCAGAUCCAACAACUUCUACCUGGCGAUGCUUCUGUUCAUGCUGUUCCUCUGCAUGCUGCCCACCAUCUUCGCCAUCGUCCACUACAAGCCAUCUCUGAACUGCGGGCCAUUCAGUGGACAAGAGAAAAUGUAUGACAUCGUAUCAGAGACGAUAGAGAACGACUUCCCUGCGUGGUUUCACUCUGUGGUCGGGCACAUCAGCAGCCCUGUGGUCAUCCUGCCAGCUGUGCUACUUCUGUUCAUGCUCAUCUACUACCUGCAAAGCAUUGCGCGCUCACUGAAGCUGAGCAACCAGCAGCUCAGGAUGCAAAUCCAAAACGCAAGAUCUGAAGAUAAGAAAAAGGUCGCCCAAAUGGUAGAGGACAUUCAAGUUAUCAGCCACAGCCAAUCUGAGUGUGUCACCUGCUCUCAGGUCACCUUCUCACAAGCCCUGCCUCUGCCUGCAGCUCGAAUCCAGACCCAAGAGGGAAGCACCAAAAGGCUUCGAAAGGACAGUGACCUCACUAGCCAGCUGUCGUCAGUGCGCACAGCAACGCUGCAGAACCUCGGCAGCGCGGCCAGCCUGGACUCCCUAAGCAGCAAGAGUGUGAAGGUGGAGACAGCCGUGCCGUCUCUGCCCCAGAGCCCUGGGCACAGGUCCAGGCGUCUCUGUUCUCCCCUUCCUGGUGAAUCCAGAUCAAAGCCACAGCAGGACAUGACCAGGUAUCGACACGGUCCAUGUGCCAGCACUGGUGACCUUCGCAAGAACAGAUUGUACACCCCAGUGAGGCUGACACAGCCAAUGGAGGAUGUUCUCUCAGAGCCUCUUUUCCGAAAAGACUUUCAGACCACCGGUCCUCUUCUCCAAGGACCUAAGGUCUCCACCCCAGUAGCGCGAGGCCAUAGGCCCUGCGCCCCCAGGUACUAUGUCAUUCAAGAGCGCCACUCUCGCAAAAAACCCCACCCAACUUUCUGGCCAGAAAGACACUUCAAGAUAGAUGCUUCAGGUGACAUUGUGGAGAUGUACCCCAGGAAUGUGGGGCAAUACACAUUCCAGGUCCCCCACCAGCCUUGCUCUCCACCACUGAGUGAAGAAGAGGAGGAGAUGCUGAGGAGAGAUUUUGUCCAGUGGUCAGUGUCCCCUCAUUCCCUGACAAACCUUCCUCAGACUCCUCAUUUUUACAUUGGUGACAGGUCAGAAAGUGAGACCCGUGACCCUGAGCACCAGCGGAGGAUGUACUACAGGUCUGAAGAUGAUGGUUUCGAGGGCCAUCUUGACGGGCCCAUUUUUAUACACAAAAAGUCACGCUCCCGGAAUGUCCGAUAUUCCCAACAUCCACUGAAGACCAGAAUCGAGGCCAAGCUGGAGCCAUCCUUCACUGAGUCUGACUCUGUGUCAGUGGCAUCCAGCAGUGACCAGCAGAACAGCAGUGCUGACCAGUAUCUACAAGUCAAGCCCAGCCAGGGCAGGUUCCCAAGAUCAGCGGGCCAGCCAGGCAGGAGGAAGGCCAAGUCCGGGCAGACACUGCCCACGGAGCUGAACAAUCUGAUUUGUUCAAAUGUCUAG